ACAACCAUUUUAUAUUGAAUUGCAAACUUGGUAUCUCAGGUAAAGAAUCUUAGCUUAAUACCAGAUUUCAAGCUUUUUUUUUCUUGAAUUGUUGUAAUCUCCUCGAAAUCGGUUGUCUUAAUGUUGGGUCACUUCAACUCAAUCAUUGCAAUGGCUGCCAAUGCUGCAAAGCAGACCAAGUUGCCAAUGGCUGCUACAGAUUCCCCAAACUUAACAAAUGAUGAAAAUGGCCCCAAGAAAACCACCUUUCAGAGUAGCAAAGCCACUUCAGUAGCUACAAAUUGUGCUCCUCGGACCAAUAUCCCGGACCUUAAGUGGCUCGGACUGUACUAUGUUAUCUAUAUAGGUGCUGGAACUUUAAGCUUUUUCGCAUUGAGAAACCACAUCAGAGGGAAAAAAACUAAUGAUUUCAUUGAUUCUCUGUAUAUGUCUGUGGUGACAAUGACCACUGUUGGUUAUGGAGACCUUGUCCCUCACGAUUUCCUUUCACAACUGGUCUGCACUGGUUUCAUCACCGUAGGGAUGCUUCUGUUUGGAAUAGUAGUGAAACUAGCUGCUAAAUACUUGGUUUUCAAGCAACAAAAGGUGCUGAUUAAUGCCCUGCACACAGCUAGGAAAAUGGGUCCGAUGGAAGCCCUUAACGAGAUUGAAAGCAUAGAAAUAGACUACACCAAGUGUAUAAUAUCAUUGAUCGCUAUGGCGGUGCAUUUUGUCAUCGGAAUCUUCGUUCUGGUUACCGUCGAAGGAAUGGAGAUCGAAGAUGCAGUGUAUUGUGCUUGUACCACCAUGACAACCGUAGGGUUCGGAGAUGAGAGUUUCUCGAGUGAAUUCGGUCGAACGUUUGGCGUACUUUGGAUAUUCACCGGAACUUCCUGUUUAGGCCAACUAUUUCUCUACGUUGCUGAGGUUUACACAGAUAUUGAAGCAAAGAAAUUAGUGAAGUGGGUUAUUGCAAGUAACAUUAUUGACAAGACAGACUUUGAAGCUGCUGAUAAUCUUGAGAAAGGCAAAGUUCAUGGGGCUGCUGAUUUCAUUUUAUAUAAGCUAAAAGAGAUGAGAAAGAUCAAGAAAGAGGAUAUUUCAUGCGCUAUGAAGGAUGUUGGUGUCGAUGAUCGAUCGGUUUUCGAUGUGAUUCCAGCUCAAUCAUCGGAAAAGAAAUGACGAUCAUGCCGUCAAAAGAUAAUCAAUUAUACUAGAUCUUAUUUUUAGAGAAUUAAAAUCUCCCUUUACCCUUAAUUUUCAACCUUCCUUAGGUUGAAAUACUCUCCUUGGAAGCCAUAAAAUUUGCUAGGCAAUCCCCGAGUAUAUGUUGUAAAAACUGCAUGCUACUUAUGUUUUGAAACCAUAUUGGACGUACGUAUAAUGCAUUUUUAUUGCAAUAA